AUGCAGUGGAGUGAAUCUAAUUACGAUCCAGUAAGCGAAACUUCAGCGGAUACUCCUUACGGAUAUCCAAGUGGGUAUUCUGAUUAUGACAGCCACACUGGAAAUCCUCGUCAGGACCAAGAGUAUGCUGAUAGUCGCCAACAGUACUCUCAACCAGGAUAUAUCAUCCCUGAGUUAAUUAAGAGCUUCCUAACCUACUUCCAAAAGUGCAUCAAUGAACAAAAUGUUUAUGAGAUCCAGAAUGCCUAUGAAAAUGAGUUUAAUAAAUUGACUGAACGUUUCUUCAGGAACUCACCGUGGCCUGGUGCAGAUGAUGUUUCUCCUAUUGUCAAUGAAGAUCAAGUUUUUCUGAUAUUGUACAAGGAGCUGUAUUUCCGGCAUAUAUAUGCUAGAGUUCAAUCUGGACCAUCUUUGGAACAACGGUUUGAGUCAUAUUACAAUUACUGCAGCCUUUUCAAUUAUAUUUUGAAUGCUGAAGGACCAGUUCCUUUGGAUUUGCCUAACCAAUGGCUGUGGAAUAUUAUUGAUGAAUUUAUUUAUCAGUUUCAGUCAUUCAGCAUCUAUCGCUGUAUGCUAACCAAGAAAGACGAUAAUGAAAUCAAAGGUCUCCGUGGCAGUCCUAAAAUCUGGAAUGUCCAUAGUGUACUGAAUGUGCUACACUCAUUGGUUGAGAAAUCCAACAUUAACCGUCAGCUUGAGGUCUACACAAGUGGAGGGGAUCCUGAUAGUGUUGCUGGAGAAUUUGGCCAACAUGCUUUGUACAAGAUGUUGGGAUAUUUUAGUUUGAUUGGCCUGUUGCGCUUACACUCACUACUUGGAGAUUAUUACCAGGCUUUGAAAGUUUUAGAGAACAUUGACUUUAACAAAACAAACAAGUACUCUCGUGUUCCUGCUUGCCAGGUCACAACAUUUUAUUAUGUUGGAUUUGCUUACAUGAUGAUGAGACGUUACCAAGAUGCUAUACGUACCUUCUCUAACAUCUUGCUUUACAUACAGCGUACUGAACAGAUAUUUCAAAACAGAAUUCAGCUCUACGAUCAGAUUAACAAGAUGAAUGAAAAAAUGUACACUGUGUUAGCCAUUUGCCUAGUGCUUCAUCCAAUGCGUAUUGAUGAAAGUGUACAUUCUCAACUUCGAGAAAAGUAUGGUGACAGAAUGCUGCGCAUGCAGAAAGGGGAGAUGUUAGAAUUUGAGCAAUGUUUUUAUUUUGCUUGCCCAAAAUUUUUGUCACCAGUUCCACCCAAUUAUGAUGAGACUACUGUGAAUUAUCACAAAGAUCCAUAUUUUCUGCAAUUGAAAGUCUUUAUGCAAGAGGUUUCUCAGCAAAUAAAUUUGCCUAUUAUUCGAAGUUUCCUGAAGCUUUACACUACAUUACCCAUCUCUAAACUUGCAGCAUUUAUGGAAAUGUCAGAAGAUGAAUUACGAACACAGCUCAUGUGCUUUAAGCACAAAAUGAAAAAUGUAGUAUGGACAAAAGGUACCAGUGGUUUGGAUGGAGAAUUUCAGUCGGCCUCUGAAGUUGAUUUCUACAUUAAUCAGGACAUGAUACAUAUAGCUGAUACAAAGGUAGCUCGGCGUUAUGGAGACUUUUUCAUCAGACAAAUUCACAAGUUCCAAGAUGUAAUCCAAACGAUGAAGAAUACAGGAACUAACUAA